AUGAUCACGCCUCCGUGGGUGUUAGACACUUUUGCUCUGCAACAGAUUGCCGACUUGCCCGACGAUCGAAAGGAACACGGCUGGGCGACGUUUCGACACUAUUAUUACAAUUCUUACAAAGUGCCAUGUCUUGCAACGUUCGUCAUAUGGGGCCUUUUUCUUACCCUUAUCCUGGCUGCGGCUUCGAGCGCAUUGGUCGAGCACUUGUUCCCUCGCUUGUCUCACACGAUGUCUCGCAAAUUGACAUGGUGGCGAGGCAACAUAUCCGAGCACCCCCUUGUCUCACAAAGGCAUUCACAGAUCGUCACCUGCGGUAAAGGUUGCUUCCGAUGGCUUACUUUUCACCUCCCCCUCCGACUCGAGGCCAUGAUCCUAGUCGCAAUGCUGGCGGCCAACAUCGCACCUAUCGUCGGCUUUUACUCUCUGUACGUCGGCAACAACACCUACUUUACUGGUACAGAUGCCGUCAGUCGUCGCUCUCAGAUUCUCAGGCAUCUAGCCAACAGGUGUGCCAUGCUCGGUAUCUCCCAACUUCCCAUGUUGAUACUUUUGUCGAGCAAGAGAACACCGGUGGCAAUCCUCAGUCAGCUUUCCAUGAACACCAUGAUGCUCUUCCAUCGCUGGAUUGCAAGGACGUGCUACUGUCACAUAAUCAUUCAUACGCUAGGAAACGCUCUUAUCUUCCACUAUUCUGUCGGAUUCGUGGAGAGCAUGAGACUGUUGCCGGUGCAGCUCGGCACAGUUGCACUGAUUACGCUCUCCGGUCUUGUCUUCUUGUCACUCAGGACCUUGCGCAAGAAGCACUAUGAGAUGUUCGUUUUCAUGCAUAUCAGCAUGGCUUUUUUCAUGAUCCUGUUCACGUACCUACAUAUCAGAUUUCUCCACCAGGGCAGGCUACGACUCCAGAUCUUCGUCAUUGAGCUGACUGCGGCUUUCUGGGCUUUCGACAGAACAGUUCGAUUUCUUGGUCGAGUAGUCAUGUCGCUCUCUUGGAGGCACGCCGACGGAGCUGGUGCGACCCGCAAGGCGGAACUCACCUCUUACGCGAAGGGCGCUUACAUUCGCAUGCGGAUACAAAUUCCAGCCUCGCGCCUUUGUCUUCCUCCUCUAACAGUUUCUACGUCGCUUGACUCUUCACUGGAGCUCGGCAAGAAUAUGAAGCACUGCUGUAACGUGGCGACCGGAUCUUUGCCAAGCGCCGUUCUAUUUCGCACUGCCAAGGUCGGAGCAGGGGAUGACAUCCGCAUAUCAGUCCCCAAGCUACAGUGGGUGGGUGAACAUCCGUUCUCAGUCUUUGGUGUUGGACGCUGCAAGUCCGGCAGCCCCGAUAUGGGCUACAUCGACCUGGUGAUACAACGCCAAGCUGGUCUGACACAGAAGUUGUCGAAGCUUGCUGAAGAGCUGACAGCCUCAUCCUCGCUCGGCAGCAUCGAUUCCGGCGAUGAGCAUUCAUCACGACCAAAGGGCAGGCGAGUUAGGGUAGUCAUUGACGGCCCUUUCGGCAAGAGUCCUUCGCUUGAGGGAGCUCGUCACGCAGUCUUAAUCGCUGGUGGUAUCGCCAUCACCUUCUGUUACCCUCUCUUCGUCAAAGCGGCUAGAGGGGAAUUUAGGAGCCUCGAAUCUUGCAAGCUCGUAUGGAUCGUGCGUAACGAAGCAAUCCUAGACGUUCUUCGUGACAGUCUUCCUGAGCUGCUUGAAGAGAUCAGAAGUAGAGGUGGCAAUUUCUGCAAACUUUCCAUUGAUAUUUACGUCACCUUAAAGCGCACAGCGGCUCCCGUAACGCAAUUAGACACGAUGGCUGUGGAUCGGAGAGGCAGUUUGCCGAUGACGCUGGAACAUACGUGGAAGUCCAACUCAUAUUCACUGCAUAGCCCUUCUUCAUCCGUGACCUUGUCAUAUGGAGGAGAAGAUAGUUGCAGCAGUGGCUCUCCGCAGGUGUCGACCAGCAACUCUCAGGUUUGGGACGGCGUCAGAUACGAUGGACACAGUGAUGUCGUGUUCGUGCCCACCCUGUUGAGUGGACACUCAACUCGCCAUCAAUCACCCCAGCCAGCAUACAUGUCGGACGAGGUCUUUCGCACCCGAACCGAAAGGAGCACGUGCGUUCCAUACUCUCCCUAUGCGUCUCAGGUAACCUUCUCACAGCUCAGAAAGGAGAUGUCAAACAUCAAGAUUAAUCUGUUCUCUCCAAAGUCGCCAAUAAUUCUGGCAAAGAGUACAAGACUCUUUCCAACAACUCUUCUGGUGCAAGACGAGGCGGACUCUGUUGGACAUCGCACGGGUAUUCAAGGGCCACAGGAAGUGCUUCUCGAUUUUCAAGCGAAGGGAAAAUUUGCACAUGGUGCUGAGACCCCUCGCUCCGCCUAUUCAGUUGCGAGCUCGCAGUGCACUGGCUACCAGAUCAAUGGCAGCAGCACCUUGUCAUCUCAAGAGCUGCAGCUGCAGAGCACAAGCGACAAUCUGUGGAGCGCCUCUACUGCACACAGCAUGUUGCACCCCGAUUCGCCUGGUUUUUCGUACCAUUCACAGCAUGAGGCAAAUCAUCGUCAAUUUCUCAGCUCGCAGGAUGUCCUGGCAGAGUCACAAGGGGGCCUGAUCGAGGUUCGUCGGUUUCAAGGUAGACCAUCGUCCAUGGCGGCUGUUCACGGACAUAUCCUUCAGCAAGAGGGUGAUGCGACGGGUAGGGUUGCUUUUGCAACGUGCGGCCCCGCCCCGAUGUGCGACUCGGUUCGUGCGGAAGUAGUCGCUUUGCUGAAGAAGGGUUUGGAUGUAGCCCUGGUAGAAGAUUGCUUCAAUUGGUGA